AUGGAAGGAGAACUCACGGGACCUGCCAUUUUGGGAAAUACCUUGUUGGGCAUCGUGGCGGCCAUGGGAUUUGCCUUUGGAGCUAUUUGCAGUGCCAUUAGUGGUUAUAUUUCCAUGUGGGUAGCUGCACAGUCCAAUAUCCGAGUCGCUUCCGCGGGGCGUCGGUCCUAUGGAGAAGCUUUGGUCAUUUGUUUUCGAGGAGGCGCCUUUUCGGCCGUUCUAAACUUGACGCUCUGUAUUGUUGGAGUCACCACCCUCUACUUGAUCAUGUACAUGCUCUUUUGUAAGGGCGAAAAUAGUCCUACGGAAAAUACCUGGCAAGUGUUGAAUGCGACCGAAAUCCCCAUGCUCCUGGUGGGAUAUGGAUUUGGUGCUUCCUUUGUCGCACUGUUCAUGCAACUGGGUGGAGGAAUUUAUACCAAAGCCGCAGAUGUCGGAGCCGAUCUCGUGGGAAAAGUCGAACAAUCCAUUCCAGAAGAUGAUCCCAGAAAUCCAGCCACCAUUGCCGAUCUGGUCGGGGACAUGGUGGGAGAUUGUGUCGGUUCCAGUGCCGAUGUCUUUGAAUCGGUCGCUGCGGAAAUUAUUGGAGCCAUGAUUUUAGGAUCCACCUUGGCGAAUGAAUCGGGCAUGGAUUCUUAUCACGCGACCAAGUUCGUGUUCUUCCCUCUUGUCGUUCACGCCAUGGAUAUUAUUGUAUCCAGUAUUGGCAUUGCGUUUGUGGGAAGAACUCGGGAUACGGCAGAUUCUGAUCCCAUGAAACAGCUGCAAAAGGGAUACCGCAUAGCAUUGGCUCUUUCCGUCGCAGGAUUCUUUCUCAUUACCCACCAGCUACUCGGUACACCCGACAAUCCAUCUGCCUCCUUUCAAUUCUUUCUAUGCGGUGUUGUGGGCAUGGCGUGUGCGUAUAUCAUUGUGCUCAGCACUCAAUACCAGACGGAUUAUGCCUACGGGCCCGUUCAAUCCAUUGCCGAGGCUUCCACAACUGGACAUGGGACCAAUAUCAUUGUGGGCGUGAGUGUCGGAAUGAAAGCAACUCUGGUGCCCACCAUUGCCGUGGCUAUUGCUGUGUUGACAGCCUACCAUCUUGGAGCAUCCACCGGCAUUGGAGAUGGACGCAAUGCUGGACUCUUUGGGACCGCCGUGGCUACCAUGGGGAUGUUGUCCAACGCGGUCUACAUCCUUUCCAUGAACAACUUUGGACCCAUUGCCGACAAUGCUGGAGGUAUCACAGAAAUGUCAAUGCAACCAGAGUCGGUUCGUGAUGUCACGGAUCGCCUGGAUGCGGCAGGAAAUGUCACCAAGGCCGUUACAAAGGGAUAUUCCAUUGGAAGUGCUAGUAUGGCAUGUUUCCUGUUGUUUGGAGCCUUCAUGGACGAGUUCUCGGAAUACAGUGGUCUCCCGUUUGAAGUCGUGGACAUUGCCAAACCGGAAGUAUUGGUCGGAGGGUUGCUGGGAAGCAUGAUUAUCUUUUACUUUACCGGACUUGCUAUUGCUGCUGUUGGGCGAACAGCUCACGAAGUUGUGCUUGAAGUGCGUAGACAGUUCAAGGAAAACCCUGACAUUAUGACCUACAAAGCCAAGCCGGACUAUGAACGGUGUGUGGCAUUGGUGACUCAAGCUGCACUGAGAGAAAUGAGAUAUCCCGGACUCGUCUGUGUCGUUACACCCAUCACUGUGGGCGUGAUUUUCCGGUUUGUGGGGGAAGCAACGGAUCGACCGUUGCUUGGAGCCGAAGUUUUGGCAAGCUACCUCAUGUUUGGAACUGUCACUGGUAUUUUGAUGGCGCUAUUCUUGGAUACAGCUGGUGGUGCAUGGGAUAACGCAAAGAAGUACAUUGAACUGGGAAACUUUGGAGGAAAGAACUCGGAAGCCCACAAAGCAUCAGUCACUGGCGAUACCGUUGGUGAUCCCUUCAAGGAUACAGCCGGACCGAGUCUUCACGUUGUUAUCAAGUUGCUGUCAACCACAAUUCUCGUAGCAGGCCCCCUUUUCAUUGCCAAAAUCAAGCCAGAGGUUGGCGGUCUUUGA